AUGGGCAAUUGGUUGGUUGGAUGGACGUCUUUUGUGCAUGUUGAAGAAUUGAACGGAGAAUACAAGAGGAGUGUGUGUGUAUCUGAGAAGAAAUUGCUAUCGAAAUUGCUGCUAUCAAAUCUUGAGAUCAAAUCGGUGAAAACAAAGAUAACAGCAGCAGCAGCAGCAGCAUCAAGACGUCAAGAAGAAAAACCUUGUAAGUUCCGAAAAUAUCCCAGUAGAACACACUUCUUCUGA